AUGUGUGAAACGUCCUCGCGUUUCCCAUCGCAGCGUUUGCGGGGCACGGCGAAGCUGGAGCUGCGUUGUAACGUCUGCCGGCAAUGGUGAGCUAAACGGGAGUGGUGGAGUGGCGGAUCGAUAAUGUCCAUUCCGCCUCGAUUCAUCCCUGUCUCCAGCCUGCGAUAAAGAAUGUGGGGAGUGAAAUAGACGCGCAUGUCGGAAUCACGUUAGGAGCUGCUAGCCGAUGCGAUCUUGAUGACUGAAUGAAAAUACCGAGUUCCCAGUGCAAGCUGCAUCACGGCUGGAUAUUAGUCUUCCAGUUCCGGGAUACAGCUGUUCAGUACCCGCCAGUUCCUCUGCGCUAUGCGUAUUAUGGGUGCUUUACAUCAGUCGUGGAGUCCUCACAGAGACAACCUCACAGGGGGUAGCGAUGAUUUCCUGUGUGGUAAUGACACCUGGCUCUCCGCUGUGCUGGAAGAAUGCGUGCACGAUCAAUGGGAAUUCUGGAGUGCCCUUCUCGGACUUGCCUCGAUCUGUUGUUUUCUCUUUGCUUCCCUACCUCAGAUGUAUGUGGCUUAUAAGAAUGGCAAGGUUGACCAAGCACUCUCUGUGUGGUUCCUACUUUGUUGGGUGUGCGGUGAUAUCACCAACUUUGUUGGUUGCUACUUGUCCAAUCAGCUGGUUAUUCAGACAGUUACAGCUAAUUUUUAUGUUACCCUUGACAGUAUGAUGAUCUCACAAUUUGUUUAUUAUAAACUGAAGAAUAGGAAGGGCAGAUGUAAGCGGUGUUUUACUUGGUCAAAUUCUCUCUUGAAGUGGCUAUGUGUUGCCUGGGUUAUACUGUGUGUGGUCACCAUGAUGGCUACAUUACAUUUAUUGAAAAUAUCUUACCACAGCAGGAGUCCCACAAGACAAAUGGGUCCAUCCGACAAUGUUGAGUUUAUGGGAUAUUUAUGUGGCUACAUGUCCUGUUUAUUUUACCUUGGCUCCCGGUUUCCACAGCUCCAUAAAAAUUUCCAGAGACAGUCCACGGAAGGAACAUCCUACCUGCUCUUUGCUCUGGCGAUGUUGGGUAACACCACUUAUGGACUGAGCGUGAUAGUGAAAGUGCCUAAAAAUAAAGCAUCUGCCCAAAACUACAUCCUCCAUCACCUGGCCUGGCUGAUUGGCAGCUUUGGAGUUCUCUUGGUGGAUUUUCUCAUCACAGCACAGUUUAUCCUCUACCGCAGGCCAAGUAAGUUCUCGUCCCGUCCCGCUCCUGAAGUGGCACCGCUCCUCGACGGCGACGAAGACUAGAUUCAAGAGAGGCAGCGCGGAAGCAGGCCCUUCGGCCCACCGAGACCAUGCCGACCAGUGCAAGAGGCUGAAGAUCGAAUUGGGAGUGGGAGUCGGAUGGAAACGUAAAGUGAGGGAUACGUGGAAGCUCAGGAUCGCUCUUGCGGACUGAACAAAAGCGGCGAUCCGAUCUGCCUCCCAUUUUCCCAAUGUAAAUGAGACAUAACAUCAGCAAAGAAUGUCCAUUGUUAAAUCCAGGGACACAAACAGUCCCUUCAGGUCAA